UCCAAGGAUGAGUCUCCAGGGGAUGUCCUGCUUCCCCCUGGGGCUCCUGUUUGGCUCUGUGCUCUUGGUGGCCUCGGCCCCAGCCACUCUUGAGUCUCCUGGCUGCAGCGACAAGGAGCAACAGGUCACCGUCAGCCACACCUACAAGAUUGAUGUGCCCAAGUCUGCGCUGGUCCAGGUGGAAACCAACCCUCAAUCCCUCAGGGAUGAUGGGACCUUGCUCCUGGCCCCGGAGGACGCUGAGGAACAGAACAUCAUCUUUAGGCACAACAUCCGCCUGCAGACACCACAGAAGGACUGUGAGCUGGCAGGCAGCAUCCAGGACCUCCUGGCCCGGGUGAAGAAGCUGGAGGAAGAAAUGGAAGAGGUGAAAGAGCGGUGUAGUGCCCAGCACUGCUGCCUGGGAGCUGCCGGUCUGAGCCGCCACUGCAGCGGCCACGGGACCUUCUCCCCGGAGACCUGCAGCUGCCGCUGCGAGCAGGGCUGGGAGGGCGCCGACUGCGAGCGGCCCGCGUGCCCCGGCGCGUGCAGCGGCCACGGGCGCUGCGAGGCCGGCCGCUGCGUGUGCGACCCGCCGUACGCGGGCGCCGACUGCGCCUACCCCGCCUGCCCCGAGAACUGCAGCGGGCACGGCGCGUGCGUGCGCGGCGCUUGCCAGUGCCACGAGGACUUCAUGUCGGAGGACUGCAGCGAGCGGCGCUGCCCCGGCGACUGCAGCGGCCACGGCUUCUGCGACACGGGCGAGUGCUACUGCGAGGACGGCUUCACCGGCCUCGACUGCGCCCAGGUGGUCGCCCCCCAGGGCCUGCAGCUGCUCAGGAGCACGGAGGAUUCCCUGCUGGUGAGCUGGGAGCCCUCCAGCCACGUGGACCACUACCUCCUCAGCUACUACCCCCUGGGGAAGGAGUUCUCUGUGAAGCAGAUCCAGGUGCCCAGGGAGCAGCACAGCUAUGAGAUCCUCGGCCUGCUGCCUGGAACCAAGUACAUAGUCACCCUGCGCAACGUGAAGAAGGAGGUGUCUAGCAGCCCACAGCAUCUCCUCGCCACCACAGAUCUUGCCGUGCUUGGCACUGCCUGGGUGACGGAUGAGACCGAGAACUCCCUCGACGUGGAGUGGGAGAACCCCCCGACCGAGGUGGACUACUACAAGCUGCGGUAUGGCACCCUGACAGGGCAAGAGGUGGCCGAGGUCACCGUGCCCAGGAGCAGUGACCCCAAGAGCCGAUACGACAUCACGGGUCUGCAGCCAGGGACCGAGUAUAACAUCACCGUUGUCCCCAUGAGGGGAGACCUCGAGGGCAAGCCGAUUCUUCUGAACGGCAGGACAGAAAUUGAUAGUCCAACCAAUGUGGUCACUGAUCGAGUGACGGAAGACACGGCGGUGGUCUCCUGGGACCCAGUCCGGGCCAUCAUUGAUAAGUACGUGGUGCGCUACGUCUCUGCUGACGGGGAGAGCAAGGACACCGCAGUCCCCAGGGAGCAGAGCAGCACCGUGCUGACGGGCCUGCAGCCGGGAGAGGCGUAUGAGGUCUACGUGUGGGCUGAGAGGGGCAACCGGGAGAGCAAGAAGGCGGACACCAAGGCUCUCACAGAAAUUGACAGCCCCCAAAACCUGGUGACCGACCAGGUGACAGAGGACACGGCCACCAUCUCCUGGGACCCGGUGCAGGCCGUCAUCGACAGGUACAUGGUGCGCUACACCUCUGCUGAUGGAGACACCAGGGAGGUCCCGGUGGGCAAGGAGCAGCGCAGCACCGUCCUGACGGGCCUGAGGCCGGGCGUGGAGUACACGGUCCACGUGUGGGCCCAGAAGGGAGACCGGGAGAGCAGGAAGGCCGACACCACGGCCCCGACAGAAAUUGACAGCCCCCAAAACCUGGUGACCGACCAGGUGACAGAGGACACGGCCACCGUCUCCUGGGACCCGGUGCAGGCCGUCAUUGACAGGUACAUGGUGCGCUACACCUCUGCUGAUGGAGACACCAGGGAGGUCCCGGUGGGCAAGGAGCAGCGCAGCACCGUCCUGACGGGCCUGAGGCCGGGUGUGGAGUACACGGUCCACGUGUGGGCCCAGAAGGGAGACCGGGAGAGCAGGAAGGCCGACACCACGGCCCCGACAGACAUUGACAGCCCCCAAAAUCUGGUGACCGACCAGGUGACAGAGGACACGGCCACCGUCUCCUGGGACCCGGUGCAGGCCGUCAUCGACAGGUACAUGGUGCGCUACACCUCUGCUGAUGGAGACACCAGGGAGGUCCCGGUGGGCAAGGAGCAGCGCAGCACCGUCCUGACAGGCCUGAGGCCGGGCGUGGAGUACACGGUCCAUGUGUGGGCUCAGAAGGGAGACCGGGAGAGCAGGAAGGCCGACACCACGGCCCCGACAGACAUUGACAGCCCUAAAAACCUGGUGACCGACCAGGUGACAGAGGACACGGCCACCGUCUCCUGGGACCCGGUGCAGGCCGUCAUCGACAGGUACAUGGUGCGCUACACCUCCGCUGAUGGAGAUGCCAGGGAGGUCCCGGUGGGCAAGGAGCAGCACAGCACCGUCCUGACGGGCCUGAGGCCGGGCAUGGAGUACACGGUCCACGUGUGGGCCCAGAAGGGAGACCGGGAGAGCAGGAAGGCCGACACCACGGCCCCGACAGAAAUUGACAGCCCCCAGAACCUGGUGACCGACCGGGUGACAGAGGACACAGCCACCGUCUCCUGGGACCCGGUGCAGGCCGUCAUCGACAGGUACAUGGUGCGCUACACCUCCGCGGAUGGAGACGCCAGGGAGGUCCCGGUGGGCAAGGAGCAGCGCAGCACCGUCCUGACGGGCCUGAGGCCGGGCGUGGAGUACACGGUCCACGUGUGGGCCCAGAAGGGAGACCGGGAGAGCAGCAAGGCCGACACCACGGCCCUGACAGACAUCGACCCUCCCAAAAACCUUCGUCCGUCUGCUGUAACACAGUCUAGUGGGAUAAUGACCUGGACACCCCCCUCCGCUCAGAUCGAUGGCUAUGUUUUGACCUACCAGUUCCCAGACGGCACUGUCAAGGAGGUGCAGCUCGGAAGAGGGGACCAGAGGUUUGAGUUGCAAGGCCUCGAGCAGGGUGUCACCCUCCCGAUCUCCUUGGUUGCCUUGAAGGGUGAUCGCCGGAGCAGGAGUGUAUCCACUACCCUUUCCACAGUUGGUGCCCGUUUUCCACACCCUGCGGACUGCAGUCAAGUUCAGCAGAACAGCCACGUGGCCAGUGGCCUCUACACCAUCUACCUGCACGGGGACGCCAGCCGGCCCCUGCAGGUGUACUGCGACAUGGACACGGAUGGAGGCGGCUGGAUUGUCUUCCAGAGGCGGAACACUGGGCAGCUGGAUUUCUUCAAACGUUGGCGGACCUACGUGGAAGGCUUUGGGGACCCCAUGAAAGAGUUCUGGCUUGGACUCGACAAGCUACACAACCUCACCACUGGCACCCCUACCCGGUACGAGGUGAGAGUGGACUUACAGACUGCCAACGAAUCAGCCUAUGCCAUCUACGACUCCUUCCAGGUGGCCUCCAGCAAGGAGCGGUACAGGCUUUCCGUUGGGAAAUACAGAGGCACAGCAGGGGACGCUCUUACUUACCACAAUGGAUGGAAGUUUACAACCUUCGACCGAGACAACGACAUUGCCCUCAGCAACUGUGCCCUGACGCACCACGGCGGCUGGUGGUACAAGAACUGCCACUUGGCCAACCCCAACGGCAGAUACGGGGAGACCAAGCACAGUGAGGGAGUGAACUGGGAGCCAUGGAAAGGACAUGAAUUCUCCAUUCCUUUUGUGGAGUUGAAGAUCCGCCCCCAUGGCUACAGUGGGGAGCAGGUCCUGGGCAGAAAGAAGCGGACACUGGGAGAAAAUUCGAGAACAUUCUGAUGACCCAUUUGUGCACUCUUAGCACGAGACAAGACCAGCCCGGGGUUGGGGCAGCGGAAGUGUGGGGCGGGGUGGGUAGUGGUGACUGGUUAAUGGAAGUCUGAGAGAUGCUCGUAGCCUCUGGUUUCUGAGGCGGCUGGAUAACCUGCAGGACAAAGCAUGUCACCACGCUUCUGACCAUAGAGGUUACUUCCUUGUCACCUACAUUUUUGCCCAUCUAUAUUGGGGACCUGAAAAUCAAUACAAAGUAGCUGCACAGUGUGUAUGGGAAAGACAGGACUGGGACUGCAAGGAUUCCUGGGCCAUCUUCAGUAACAAAUAUAUGGGAUUAGGGGGAAAAAAAGUGAAAAAAAAAUCAUCCAGUACUUCACCAAUUCGAAAUCUCUGGAAAUUGGUGUAUAUAUGUAUUCAAAGCUCUGCUAAUGCAAACCUUCUAUCUAAAAAGAAGCACCAAAGACAGGGCUGAGGUAGCCUGGAACGUAUCUGCCAUUACCACUGGGUUUUGAGGAAAAAGGUGUAAAUCUUCCCCUUUAAAAAAAAUUGCUGGUGUUAUGAGGAAGAAUAAAGGGAACCAAAAGGGACCAGGAGGGAUUUGGAUUUUGCUAAAUUCCAACUCGUAUCCGGCAUGCUGGAAACCCCAGCAUCCAUGUUCCUGCUACUUUUAAGCGCCCCCUUUCCAGCCAUCUGCAUAAUCACUUUCAUAGAUCUGCAUAUGUUGUGAAUAAAUUCUCACUCAUUUCAACUUU